CUGUGUUGUGAGCUAAAACACCAUCGACGAUGUUGGGCUUGCUCAUCCUUAGCAUUAUCUCACGGCUCUCACCCGUUCUUGGAAGCCUAAUCAUAAAUACGGAACUUCAGCCUCAGGUCCCGUUCUAUGACCCUUACUAUGCAGGGGGCUCAAUGUUCGACAAUGUCGGGAACGGUCUUGGUGAACCCCUUAACGUGAUCAUCUCAGGGCUUAGCUCACCCGAGGUCCUUAGCGAGGCAGGCAUCAUAAACUACGCUCGUGCAAUCGGAUUUUCAGAAGAGUGCAUGGAUAUCCAUCUCGGCUCGCCUUUUUCUGCCAACCUUGGCGAUGGCAACGGCUGGGUGAACCAGACUAUCGAGCUCCGCCAAGACUAUGGUGAUGUCGAAAUCGGGACGUGUCUGGAAAGUCUUAUCGGCGGUAACCACUUCAGGGUAUACAUUCAGAAUGGGACAGAUGCUGACAGUGGGGCUCUCUUCCUUGCAGUCUCAAAGGAGGAGGAUGUUGAAGAGGACCACACUAUCAUUCCAGAUGGAUACAAUAUCGGACGUGAUCAACUUGUUACCGCCGCUAUCGGCAAAAGCGAAUUCGACGGCGUGCAUUAUUUCACCGUUGCCCACAACAUAACGGGGCUUAUGCCUGCCGGUAGCAAAGGAGUGAAUCAUGGCAUCGCUGUCGAUGGGAUUGUGACCCUUCUGACGGUGACCGUUCACCACAAACAAGUUUAGAUUGAUCGCAUGGUGGCGUUCCUCUGUACUCUUCGCAAUUUUAGCCCGUCAUAAGUCAUGUUCACGCCUGCAGUAUGUACUGGAUGUGCGGCCUUCUUCUAUACCCUUAUGACUUAACGAAGUGCGACGCAAAUCGACCCAUUGACACGCUGGCAUCUUUGCCAUUGUAUUUAACCAAUCUACGUUUAAUAGAACAUGCAAAUAUUGGAAC